CUGCUUCUAUAAAUAGAGCCUCCUUGAACUCCUCAGCUCGAACACGUACCGAUCCAUUCGCUGUUUAGGAGAUGGAUGAGUCGAUCUCUUACCUUGUGGAAAGGAUUAAGGAGGAGAUGUUCUCCCCCUCAGCUGACAUGCUCUCCUUCCUGCCACCGUCGCCCUACGAAACUGCAUGGGUCGCCAUGGUUGCCGGUCCUCAGUCUCCUCAUCGUCCCAUGUUUCCGCAGUGCCUAGAGUGGAUAAUCCGCCACCAGAGAGAGGAAGGGUUCUGGGGGGAGCUCGGCAACCCCAUGGACUCUCUCACCUCCACCCUCGCUUGUGUUGUUGCACUCAAUGCAUGGGACACUGGCCAUGCUAAUAUCGCGAAAGGAUUAGGAUUUCUUCGUGCAAACAUGGUGAAACUUCUGAUGGAGCAUCGCGGUGGCAUCCCUCGGUGGUUCUCCAUCGUCUUCCCUGGCAUGCUUGAGCUGGCACUGGCCAAAGGCCUACCUGUUCUUCCCGACGGCGGCAGCAUGCCAGCAGUGAACAACGUCUUCAACAGAAGAGAAACCAUAUUGGCAAUGGAAAAAUCUUCCGGCAACGAUCGCCACCCCCCGCUAACGUCGUUCCUUGAGGCCCUGCCAAUAAGCUGCAGGCCAAAUCAUGAAGUGAUUCUUAGGCUUCAGAUGGAAGACGGCUCGCUCUUCCACUCUCCUUCUGCAACCGCUUGUGCUUUCAUGAUUACAGGCGAUAGGAAUUGCUUGGAGUACCUACAGACCAUGAUGAAACGAUGCAGUAACGUGGUUCCUUCCGUGUUUCCUGUGGACGAAGAUUUCAUAAAGCUGUGUCUGGUGGACCAUUUGAGGAGGUUAGGGUGUGGUGAGCAUUUUGCGGCAGAAAUACGAGGCGUUAUGGACCAUACUUACAGGAAUUGGGCUAAGCAACAACGAGAAGAUUACAAGAAUUAUGAGAUAUCACAAUAUAUAUAUAGAGACUCGUUAGCCUUUAAUCUUUUAAGGGCAUAUGGAUAUCGUGUAACACCAAGGAAGUUUUGUUGGUUUAUGGAUGAGAAAGAUGUGCUCAAGCAUAUCAUGGAGAACUACACUGAAUUCUUAGGAGCCAUGGUUGGUGUCUACAGAGCAGCACACUUUAUGUUCCCCGAGGAAGUUGAGCUUCACAAUGCCAAAGUUUUUGCUAUGAAAGUAUUGCAUAAGUGUUUGCAUUUAGAAGGCAACAAUGCCGACUUGACCGGUUUUGAGAAAGAGAUUGAGCAUGAAAUGGAACUCCCAUGGCUCGCUCGAAUGGACCAUCUUGAGCAUCGCAUGUAUAUAGAGAGAAGUAAAGGUUAUAUAACGUGGAUCGGAAAGACCAACACUUGCAGGCUUUCAUGUUCCUCGUUCGUCAUCAAACUAGCAAUUAAAAGCUUCUUAAACCGCCAAUCACUUUACAAAAAUGAACUUGAGGAACUCAAGAGGUGGUCCGAAGGAUCAGGGCUGUCCAAAAUGGGAUUUGGCCGAGAGAAGACAACAUAUUGUUACUUUCUAGCCGCCGUUCCGACAUGUCUUCCUCUACAUUCGGAUCUACGGAAGAUAGUUGCAAAGUGUGCAACCAUAGUCAUCAUUGCAGAUGAUUUCUUCGACGAGAAAGGUUCUCUAAAUGAACUAGAAUGCCUAACUGAAGCUGUGCAUAGGUGGAAAGGAGAAAGCUUGUGGGGCGAUGCGAAAGUAAUUUUUGAUGCACUCGACGAACUUGUACGUGAUAUAGCUUUCAAAUCAUUUAGUCAUUAUGAUAAUGGUGUGGAAGAUGUUCUUCAUGACAUGUGGCGUGAUGUGUUCGCCUCAUGGCUGAAGGAAUUCAAGUGGAGUAGUAGUCAACAUGCACCUUCAAUUGAUGAAUACAUUGAAGUCGCCAUGACAUCUAUAGCCAUACAAGUAAUAACUCUUCCUGCAUAUUGCUUGGCUUGUUCAGGAGCUCCAAAGGACAACAUAAAAUCCCAUUACAGCAAAAUAACUAAGUUGGCAAUGUUCUGUGCUCGUUUAUUGAAUGACAGCCAGAGUUACCAGCGAGAAUUGGAGCAUGGGAAGUUUAACAUGGUACCACUGUAUAUGAAGGAGAAUGCAGAUGCAAGUAUCGAAGAUUCAAUUGACCACAUAAGGGACAUUCUUGAGAAGAAAGGGAAGGAAUUUGUUGAGCUUCUCUUCGGUGAUGAAUAUAAUAGUGUUCCAAAAUUAUGGAAAGAGCUACACUUGACAACUCUGAAAGCAUUUUGGAUGCUCUAUGAUACGACUAAUAAAUUUGACUCGCCUACGGCAUUGCUUCAAAACAUUAACAUGGCAUUUUAUGAUGCUUUGGAGAUUAAUGUUUAGACAACUCUAUCAUUAUAGCUAAAACCUUUUUUUUUUUGUAAGAGAAGAUUGUAUUGAUCGAGCAAUGUCUUGUUGAUGAAAUAUGAAGAUCAAUACAAGGGAGUAGAUUCAAUGGACCUCUUUGUUUUAAGUGCAAUGACAUGCAAUCAAAUAGCUAUUAAAUU